CUGGAGAAAUACCAAAGGAUCCUUCUCCUUUCCCAGCUCCUUCUCCAUCCAGCCUCCUGGGCCAGCCCCCCGAGCAGACCAAAGACGGGCAGAGCAAUUGCAAGGUGCGGCGAGGGAGAUGCGGCGCUGAGACUGAGGAGCGGGCUCGGCCCGGGCUCCGCUGCGGGGCCGGCGGGCGCGUCCUGAGCUCGGAGCGCUCUGGAUGAACGCGGCGGCGGCGAAGGUCGGCGGCGAGUUGGAAAGAACAUGAAUACCUCGGUUCUCGCCCCACUGGGAAAUAUUUCCGGUCACCUGAAUUUUUCGGAGAUGAACUCGCAGAUCUUGCAGUUUGAUGACGAAGAUUGCCAUGUGCCUUUGGCCAUGGUCUUCACUUUGGCCUUGGCUUAUGGGACGGUGAUAAUUCUGGGGGUCUCUGGGAAUCUGGCCUUGAUUGUCAUCAUUUUAAAGCAAAAGGAGAUGCGCAAUGUUACCAACAUCCUCAUUGUCAACCUGUCGUUUUCUGAUCUCCUAGUGACCAUCAUGUGUCUUCCCUUUACCUUCGUGUACACUUUAAUGGACCACUGGAUUUUUGGGGAGGCCAUGUGCAAGCUGAACCCUUUUGUGCAAUGUGCCUCCAUCACCGUCUCGGUCUUUUCUUUAGUCCUCAUUGCCAUUGAGCGCCAUCAGCUGAUCAUCAAUCCCCGCGGCUGGAGGCCCAACAACAGACAUGCCUACAUGGGGAUUGCUGCCAUAUGGAUUUUAGCCACAGCUUCCUCCUUGCCUUUCCUGAUCUACCACGUAUUGACAGAUGAGCCCUUCAGAAAUGUAACAUUUGAUGAAUAUAAGGACAAAUAUGUGUGCUUGGACCUGUUCCCCUGGGACACUGCCAGGCUUUCCUAUACCACAACGCUUUUGGUGAUUCAGUACUUUGGACCACUUUGUUUUAUAUUUAUUUGCUACCUGAAGAUAUACAUACGGUUAAAAAAAAGGAACAACAUGAUGGACAAGAUGAGAGACAGUAAGUACAGAUCCUCUGAAACCAAAAGGAUCAACAUCAUGCUGAUAUCAAUAGUGGUCGCAUUUGCAGUUUGCUGGCUGCCUCUCACCAUCUUCAAUAUCGUGUUUGAUUGGAAUCAUGAAAUUCUGCCUGUUGCUACCUGCAGCCACAACCUGUUGUUCCUGAUUUGCCACCUCACUGCCAUGAUCUCCACCUGUGUGAAUCCCAUCUUUUACGGGUUUCUCAAUAAGAACUUCCAAAGGGACCUGCAGUUUUUUUUUCAUUUGUGUCACUUUCACUCCCGUGAGGAAGACUAUGAGACUAUAGCCAUGUCCACCAUGCACACUGAUGUUUCAAAAACCUCUUUAAGGCAGGCAAGCCCCAUCACAUUUAAAAAAAUAAAUAGUGAUGACGAUGAAAAAAUAUGAAGAAGUAAUAGAAAUUCUACACCAAACUGCAAGAAGUGUGAUUGCAGGUGAAGUGUGUCCAAGGACAAGCACAAUUACAUAACAAGAACAAAAAGAGUAACGUUUUUCUUUCUUUUCCAAGGAACUUUGAUUGUUGUCACUUUGAAAUUAUGCGCUGUGAAUUUUGCCCCUUUUACAGCUUUAAUGUUCACAAAAGUUAUAUCUGAAUUUUAUUUUAAGACAUAGUCAGACCUGCUACUACCUAUGGUUUUCAUCAGCUGUUUUUGUUCUGUUUUCUUUGUACAGUUCUGUGCUUCAGCACAAAGGUUUACUUAUUGAUUUUUUUUCAAAGAAGUAGUUUUGAGGAGUGUCCAUUUAAGACCAUUAGAAACAAUAUGAACCACAGGGGCACUGUCAUUACAGACAAUAUCCACCAAAGAAUAAAAUUAGGAAAUUCUGAUUUGAAGAGGACUUUUUUUUUUUUUUAAGUGCAUCUUUGAUCAACAUUAAAAUCCUGUAAAAUCAGUGUAGGUUUGCAAAAAAAGAAUAGUGUGAAACCUAUAGAGUAUGUUUAAAUGGGGCAUACAGUUGUCUCAUUCAAAGAGGCAAUUUGGGCUGUAAUCACUUAGUUUCAAAGACAGGAUUAAGAAAGAAAUUCUGCUCUCAUUUACAAGAAUAAAACCCUACAGUAAUUCCACAGAGCACAAUGGGAUAACUGAUGCUUCAGCACAGCAAAUGAAAACAUAAAUGGGGCUUCAGUCCCAAAUGAUUACAGCUGGUUUUAAUAAUGCAGGCUUUUUAAUUUAAAAAAUCCAAACCCCAUUUUUAUCUGGCAUCAGUGAGAGGGAGUUACUGUUUCUGGGAUGAAAUGCACCAUCUGUUCCGAGCCUAUGAACCAUGUAAAUUCUCCUUGAGACCUAUGUCCAGAAUCUAGAGGGAGAUAGCACUGCUUGCUGUCUGGGCAAGGUGCAAUUCCAUCCUCACAGGUGACAGAGAAAUUCAGGUCUGCUAUUAAAAAAGUAAGAUUGAGCCACCUGAAUAUUUUCAUAGUAAUUAGUGUUGAUCUCUAUAAUUUAUUUGCAGCCUCAUAAUACUUUGUGUUCAGGUGCAAUUGCAUAAACCUGGACAAUCUCCAAAGGCAAAGGAUGGUUUAAUCAAGACCUGCAAAAUUUAAAAGAAGGGUAUGAAUAUAGGUUGGGUAUAAUUGGUAUGUUUAGCUUCCAAACUCACAGUUGGUUGGAGUGUGGAAACAUUUGCCAAAUAUACGCAAUAGACCUCUGUUACUGCUUAAAAUAUAUAUCCUCUAAUUAAACAAAAUAUUCGUGGCUAGAUCCCAGUUGAGGGAAACCAUAUAACUGGACUGCUGUAAAUGAAAUUUCAACAAUAUCAGCCAGCUGAGGUUCUGUGUCAUACAGUGUACUUUGCUAUGUUAUCAAUGUCUUUUUGAAUAAUUGGCUUUUAAAAAUACAAUAUAGACCCUACUUUCCUUCAGCAAGGUCAAUUUAAAUCAUUCUGGCAGACAAGAGGGUCUUUAAAAUGGAUAUAAAUGUAAAUGCAACAGAAAUGGAAAUCUGAUGUGAUAUAUUUCUAAGCAAAAAUAUCUCAGGAUGUUAUGGUGAAUUUCAUAUGUUCCAGAUUUGACAUAGAUAAAUGCCUAAGAAAUAAAAAUUAUUUGGGUUGCCAGUAUUUAAAAGUGAAACAUUGUGCCUUGUGCUGUCUUAUAAAUAGUGUAGAAUAUUAAAGUAGCAAUGUGUUCUUGUGCAUUAUAAUUCCAUGUAUUUGUCUACUGGAAGAUAAUUUAAUUUAGAAGGAGUUUUCUGUGCUUGAGAACAGAGGCAGAAUGUAGAAAAUUAAUUAUAAGACAGAAGGUUCUUUCAGAGCUUUGGCCUUUUGUAUUUUAUGAGAUUUCCUUUUUUUUUUUUUGUGCUUCUCCAUGGAAUGUGUUGUUAAUAACUUGACAGGGGUUUCCCGAAAUUAUUUCUCUCUCAUGUUGCAACAAUUUUCAUAUUUCAAAGGGUGUGUAUUUUCACAAUGAGAUACAAUGUACAAAAACAGCCAUGGGGUUUUUUUAUUAAGAUUGUCACAGUGCGUUUUUUCCAUCACAAAAAGUCCCUGUGAAUUUUAUGGCUUUUUUCCUCCCUUUUUUUUUUUUUUUUAAGCCCUUUCCUUCAAUGUAGUGCAAAAAGAAAAUUCACUCAGUUGAGAAACUUUCCAGUUACUUUGCUGCAAAUUUUUGACCAAGCUGAAUUAGGUGCUUAUACAGAGUAGGUGUAGAGGAACUUUAGAAGAGCCUGCUGGUGCUCUCUGCUUCACCUGCUUUGAACCAGGUGUGUGUGUCCUAAGAUUUGGAGGUCUCCAAUGGGAUAGCAACCUAAUUCUUCCUAUGUCAACAUUUGUCCUGCUUGAGGUACAGCCUUAAAUCAUGCAGCCCAUCUGGCAGUGUGCCAUACCAUCUCCUGAGAAUGCAUGUCAGGUGUUUUUUGCCCCAGCACCUGAUCAACAGGGUGAACUGUAAAUGGGAGCAUUCUUCCUGCUCAUCCUUGCUGAGCUCAGGAGUCAUUUUCCCUGUGCACCACUGUCCUGGAAUCAGGCAUCUCAUGUUUCCUGACUUCCCCGCAAGAAGCCUUUCUGAGCCUCUGCUGAACACACAGGUUAGUGCUUUGUCACACAAAUAGCACAGGGCACACUGCCUGUAAUGACAGUGGAAAUGAACACAGUGUAAGGACUGUUCUGCAGGAAAAUGCAUUUGGAGAAUUUCAGAGGCAAAAUCAUGGCUCUUCUGAAGAAUUUGUUAUGAGGACAGAGAUGAAAGUACCUCUCUGAGGUGCUGACCUAACAUCUGCAGGGUGUAGCUCAGAGCUACUGAGAGCAGUAUUUUUGUCUUUGGUUUCAUGACUUGAUGCUGGGGUUCUCCAAAGCUUUCCCCUGCCAACAGCCAGCUACAAUACUGAUCCUCUUUUUCAUUUUCAGAGCUCCAGCAUGGCUUCUCCUCUAUAUGCUGAAUUUCUUUACAGGAGAAUGUGACAGGUUUCGUGUUUCACUAUAAUUUUUCAAUCAUUCUGGAUUGAUAUUUAUUUCUUCUCCUCGUUGUUUUGUCAAACGUCCCACACUUCAGCACAUGUUGAUUCCUGUCUCAAAAGCCUGAAGAUCCCUUUUAUUCUUUCAGACUUGUAGCAAAGUUUUACUGACAGAAAAACAGAACAGUGAGUGAUCUAUAAUGUAUCUUAUUAUUUAUGUGUCAUAUAUUUCAUAUCAAAUUUCCAGCCUUAAAUGACAAAUGUAACUAUUUAAUAAGCAGCAGUAUUUGCUUCAUUUGUCAGUUAUUUUAGCACCUUAAACGUCACUUUGAUCGACCACAAACAUUUCUGCAUAAUCUAAACAAACCAGCACAUUUGUAUACCAUGAUAAUAAAUAUGUCUGUGUUCCCAUUUUGCUUUUUUCCCAAAAAAUGGUUGUGUCAUUGUUACUAUGUACAGUAAUUCACAACUUUCACAUCAACAUUAAAAAAGGAUAAUAAAAGAAGUGAUUAAUUGACAAUAAAACCUGCCUUUGGUAGGCUAAGAGAGAACCAGAAAGUUAAAAAUCUAUAUGUAUAUAAUCUACCCUGUCAUUAUGACCACAUAAAGAGAAAAAAUUUAAACCAGGAAAACAAAUCAACAUGACAGAACCCCCGAGGGACUUGAGCUGAUGCUGACUGCAUCUCAUCACUGAUGAAGGUGUGAAUGGCUAAGGGCUCAUAUAUUCUGACUCUGUGGUCUUGCACUACAGUACCAGCUAUUAUUAAUGGAUCCUAAAGGGAAAAUUUUAUGCUGAUUCAUAUUCAGACUGUAAAUCAGUACAUGUUUCAAUUCAGGCCUGCAUAUCAAAUUCUCAUUUUGACCUCAGAGUAAUAUUUUCAGAUCAAUGAAACUGAGAACUUAAAGUUAACCAUUUGCCUAAAUGGUUACUACUAAAUAAUACUGCAUUGCUGGCUGGAAGCUUGCACUCUUUCCUAAAAAUAGGAUUUUUGGAUAUUAGCUUCUUACAGAAAUAAGGGAAUGACAUAUAGUUGGUUGUUUGCUUGUUUGUUUUUUUUCUGGAUCCUUCUCCUUUUUCUUUUUUCUGGGCCUCAUAAUGCUUCAGUUUAAUGCUUUCCUUCCUACUUCUUUGUAUCAAAGAACUUACCAAAGCAGUGCAUAGAGAAUGAAGACAAUAAGGAGAUUUUAUAUCUCCUCUUCUUUAAAGCAUACAAAACAUUAGGAAACAUGAGCUUAAAUAACAUCUCUGUCUGCAACAGAUUAAAUUAAUUCAGUUGAGUGGAAAGGGAAGAGGAAUAGUAAUUAUAACCAAAUGAUAAAUUUUGUUGACAGUCAUUUAUCAGUUGAAGGAUAUAUACAGCUCCAAGAUCUACCAUGCCCUCUUCAUUCUUGUGUUCUUUAAUAUGUGGUAUCUGCUUCCCUGAGUUAUUACUAAUUAGCUGAGUCAUUACUAAAGUUGAUGUGAAAGAAAAUUCUUCUCUACAGGUUUUGCAGAAUUUCAAAUGCUUGAGUACAACAUACAAGAUGAAAAAAAUGUGAUCAGCUUUGGCUCUUACACUUUAAUUAACCUGUGGUCAGAAAUCACUUCUAUUCAGUAUUUCUGCCCAUGCAUAACAAACAGUGUUAAUGGUCUGAUUGAAGUCGAUAUUUCAAAUAUUCGGGAGUGCAUUCACAAGGACUAACUUCAGCUUUAUUUCCUAUCUCCAAAGCACUCACACCUACACUACUCUGGUGCUAUGCAUUACCAAACUGUGUUUCCCUCAGCUGUCCAAACAGCUGCCAAGCGGCAGGACUGCCAUCUUCCAGGGCAGCCCUGGGCCUGGGGACUGCUGCCUCCCUUCCUCCACCUUCCAGGAGCUUCUGCUCUCACUUUGUGCUUCAUCCCCUUGCUAGCUGCUUUCUGAGGAAGUAGAAAUUUGUACUCUGAUUUUGUAAAGCGCCUGAGUAUACGAUAAAAUUCAGUUCUAUUCAGGACAGUGCUUUAAAUAGUUUCUUUCAUUAAAAUUAUCUUCCGGCAAGUGUUUCAUAGGCAAGUUUCUCAAAAUUUAGAAGUGUAUAAUUUACAAAGCCUGUGUAGGAAGUAUGUCCAUAUAGAACAUCCAGCUCAUUGCAGCAAAACUGCCAGCACACACUGUCUUGUGUUUUCCAAGCAGCUGAAUUGAUGAUCUGAUUAUUUAUCAUAGGUCAGGCUUAGUUGCAAGAAUUUGCCCCAGGUGAAAAGAUGUUUGAAAGUGCUGCACAGUAGAUGCUCUGCAUGGUUAACUGGAUUGCUACAAAUUAUGCAACAUUUCAGAUAUACAUGGAAAUAGAGUUUGGAAGAGAGACAAAAAGCAGAACAUCUAGAUGAAGUCUUGAUGCCUUCUGUCAGGCACAAAAAGACAUAAAGGGAGAAUAAAAUAUUUAUUUAUUUUGGAAGGCCAACAGACUGGCAG